AUGGAAGAAAUGUUUCAGUCUAUUCAACCUGAUAUUAGUGGAUCUUCUGAUAUUCGCGGUUCUAACUUUCCUGAGAAGAAUGUUGAUAAACAGUUUCAAGAUUCACAAAAUUGUGCAUCACACCAAGAGCAGCAGAUGUCAGUCUUUUCGGGGUUUGAGUUUGGUGAGCAGCAGAUGUCAGUCUUUUCAGGGUUUGAGAGAUUCGCGGAGUUAUGCUUCAGCAGUAACCCUUCUCCCUUUCAAUUAAGUCAAGAAGAGCAUGAAAAACUUAGAAACAUCCACUCGGAGGUUUUGGAAUUAGUAGCACCCGAAGAGGAUGAAUCUUCUCCGUCUUCUUUAUCCCCAUUCCGAAUUCUAAGCAGCUCCAGAAGCAACUUUAAAGGACAGAAUCCUGUGGAAGUCAAGGUGUCAGGAUCUGAUGUUUCAUGGCCUAAAGUGAGUAGUCAAUCAGUCAAUGAAAUCAUUCGGUUGGCAGGGGAAAAUAUCAUUCAGUCAAGAUCCGUUAAAGUUGAUGAUCACGUAGAGCCUAGUCAAGGCCCUUCUGAUGAGAAGAGUGAAGAUGUAGUCAUUGUACAGCAUCUUUUAUCUUCAGCUGAGAAACUAGGAGAACAACAGUUUGAGUGUGCAAGCGAACUCCUAAGUUAUUGUAACGGAUACUCCUCCAAUAAAGGAAAGCCUCUUCAGAGAUUAGUGUACUACUUCUCUGCAGCUCUUCGUGAGAGAAUUGACCUAGAAAUGGGAUUAGCCACCUCAAAGACGAUAUCAUCUGAGCUAGAGGAAGCUAUGAGAAAAUCAAGUUCCAUCAACGUUUCACUUCACCAACGAAUACCCUUCUGUCAAAUUAUGCAGUUCACCGCUAUGCAAGCAAUAAUAGAAAAUGUGGCUCAAGCAAAAAAAAUCCAUUUAAUUGAUCUUGAUAUUAAAUUUGGAACACAGUGCUCAAUUCUCAUACAGGAUCUUGCAAGCCGGCUUACAUGUCGUGUUGAGCACCUAAAGAUUACUGCAGUCCGGACCAAAUCAAACAUGAUACCAGCCGAGACAGGUAAGCAACUGAUGAGUUUUGCCAAGUCCAUUAAUUUGUCAUUUUCUUUCCAUGAAGUUACAGUGGCUGAUAUGCUAGAUCUUACUGAAGAUCUUUUUGAGUUGGACCCUGAUGAAGCUACUGCAGUGUAUUCACCAUUCUUUUUGUGGACCAUGAUCGGACAGCAAGAUAGGCUUGAAUGUUUAAUGAGAGUGAUUAGAAAUAUUAAUCCUUGUGUAAUGAUUGUCAUAGAAAAUGAGGUAAACCACAAUUCACCCAUGUUUGUGAAUCGUUUUGUUGAGGCCCUUUUUUUCUUUGGUGCACAUUUUGAUUGCUUUGGUGAGUGCAUCCAUCCCGAUGACCCAAACAGAUUCGCUGUAGAAUUCUUGUUAAGCCUUGGUAUACAGAACAUAGUAGCUGCAGAGGGAAAGGAAAGGACAGUUCGACAAGUGAAGAACAACGUCUGGAUCUCUUUUUUUACGCAGUUUGAAAUGGUGCAGAAGGAACUGAGCACAUCGUCCUUGUAUCAAGCGAGAUUGGUGGCUAAGAACUUCAAUUGUGAGACUUCCUGCUCACUAGACAUGGAUGGGAAAAGUCUGAUAAUUGGCUGGAAAGGAACAUCUGUUUACUCUCUUUCUGCUUGGGAAUUCUUAUGA